AUGCGCCACGGUGGUUCUUUGGCCUUUUCUCGCUUUGCCAUCGUCACCUUUCUGGGUAGUGACACCUUUGGGGGUGCAGAAGACAAGUACUUCAUCGCUUGCCGCCUUCUCGCUUACCAGCUCCUCCACGCUGACGAAACUCGGCUUCAAGAUGAUCGGAUCGAAUUUAUCGUGGCCGUAACCCCCACUGUCAACAUCUGGAAGCGAGACCAGCUUGAAUCCGAUGGCGCCAAGGUGGUCGACGUCGAAGACGCACGUCUAGCGUGGUGGAUCAACACGGGCGUGACGCGCUGGAAGGACCAGUUCGCGAAACUGCGCAUCCUGACGUGGACCGAGUACGCCAGAAUCCUCUUCAUCGACGCCGAUACCCUUCUCCUCUCCCCGCUCGACGCGAUUUUCCACUCCAACGAGAGCAUGUAUCCCGCGCAAACGAAUUUUCAGCACCGCAAGGGCGACGAGGCCGCCCUGCCGGCCGAAUACGUGUUUCUCGCGGCGCAGGACCACCAGUUCGUGGGCGAGCGCGACCACGCCGUGCCCCCGGACCCCAUCGCGCGGCACUACCGACGCUUCAACCCGACCACGAUGGAGCAGAGCCUCUUCAACUACGCGUUUCGGCGGUGCGACGCGAGCCAAAAGGCCAAGGAGGCUUCGUCGGCGUGUCCCCGCGGCGCGACGCCCGGCCCGAUGCCGUGGGGCGAGGUGGACUGGAGGUGGUCGUCGACCUGGCCUUCGAUGGCUGAUGUGGAGGGCGGCGUGGUGAGCUUGCACGAGAAACUCUGGAAGACGGGCCCCGCGCCGUUGAGGGAUAUGUGGCAGAAGUGGAGGGUUCGGAUGGAGACGGAGCUGGGUGCUUGA